CCGGAAAAGCCCAAUAAUUCCCCAAAUCUAUUUCAUUACCCCCUUGAGGCUCUCUCAAUCUCAACUCUUGGCAGAUGAUAAUGGCGUCGAAGCGAGAAUACGGCAUACCUUAUACACCUCUUCCUUCAUCACAGCCUUCUCAAACGGUCAUCGUUCUAACUCCUUAUCGCCGCCACCCUCGCCCUUCGUUCCUCCGCAGCCUCCGCUGCUCUAUCCUCUUCACCGCCGCAAUCCUCCUCCUCUCUGCCGCCGUCUACUUCCUCUACCCUUCGGAUCCAGAAAUCAAUGUCUCUCGAAUCCAGCUCAACCACAUACGAGUCCUCGAUUCGUUUAAACCCACGCUCGAUCUCUCGUUUUCGCUCACGAUCAAAGUCAGGAACCGCGAUUUCUUCUCCCUUGAUUACGAUUCGCUUGUGGUCUCGAUCGGGUAUAGAGGGAGAGAGCUAGGGCUUGUCAAGUCUCGAGGUGGACACCUUCGUGCUCGUGAUAGCUCUUAUAUUAACGCGACUCUUGAACUCGAUGGUCUAGAGGUUGUUCACGAUGUGAUUUACUUGAUCGGUGAUUUGGCUAAAGGUGUUAUCCCUUUUGAUACGAUCGCUCAGGUCAAAGGUGAUCUUGGUGUUCUUCUCUUUCAAAUCCCAAUUCAGGGAAAAGUGUCAUGCGAGGUGUUUGUUAAUAUUAACAACCAGAAAAUUUCACACCAAGACUGUCAUCGUAAGGUUGUUGAGAAGGCUGAUUAUAUGUCUCCGCAUUGGUUUUGUAAUGCGCAGUGAAACAAAAUCCUGAGCUGGUCCAAAGAUGAAAGAGGAAUAGACCAGAGAUACAUAUGUUGAAUACGUUGUGGGUUAUGGAGAAAUGAUUUGUAAGAUUUUUGUAUAGAUAAAUACUACUGGAUUGCCAUUGCUUGGUCGUGUUAUUUCGUACGUGAACUUUUUUUUUGUCGACA